AACAUUUACUCGCAGUUAUCCAGCCAAGAUUUACUCAAUUCAACUGCAUAACAAUUAAGAACAAUGGCAGACACCGAAGCCGACAGCGCGCCCGUUGCCAUUUUCAAGAAACGAGGCGCAAAGGGCAAAGCGAAUAUCCGCAAGAGACCAGCCACACCUCCCCCAGCCGCGAGCGACAGCGACAGCGACUAUUCGUCCUCAGAAGACGAGUCUGGACAGCGGGUAAAGAGGCAGAAGAAGACAGCCGUCGUCACCGCUACAGCAAGGGGAGCAGCAUCUACCAACAAAGACACAUCAGCCGUCAUCUACACGGCCGACAGGAGCGUGCCCAUCGCCGACACCAACGACGCGACGAAACACAGCAACUGGUUUGACGAGAAUGCAAAGGAUGCCCUGUCAACCAAGAAUCUUCUUGGGUCGGCGGCCAGAGUGUCUAAAGACGGCCAGCCCGAUGGCACGUACAAGGGACUGGCAAACCAGACGACUUUUAUACAGAAAAACCCAGACGCUCCCCGGAAGACGGUCGGCCCUAUCAAGGCACCCACGAACAUUCGCACAGUUACGGCAGUAGAGUAUAAUCUUGGCAUCUGCAAAGACUAUCGGAAGACUGGCUCGUGCGGCUUUGGCGACGGGUGUAUUUACCUUCACGAUCGAUCCGACAUGAAACAAGGCUGGCAGCUGGAUUUAGAAUGGGAAAAAGUGACCAAAGGCAAAAAGAAUCUCGGAGGAACGGUGGUGGCCAGCGCGAACCGGGACCAAGCAAAAGAAGAAGACGACGACGAAGAUUUGGCAAUUUUGGAGACUAUUCCGUGGGCCUGCAUCAUCUGCGAGGAAACUUACAAGGAGCCUAUAGUCACGCGAUGCGGACACUAUUUCUGCUUGCCUUGUGCCCUUCAGAGAUACAAGAAGGAUCCAUCUUGUGCGGCAUGCGGCUCGGGAACAAAUGGCGUGUUUAAUUCAGCAACGAGACUGAAGAAGCUGCUUGAAAAGAAGCGUCAGAGAGUGGAGAGAAAAAGACAGGAAGCAAUUGAGAGGGGAGAAGAAGUGAGUGAUGAGGAAGGGGAAGACUGAAGGGAGAAGGAGGAUUGACAUGUGGGCAUUUGAAGUGGAUUUAAUGAAGGCAUGAACGGAAACUCAUGAGACUCUGGCCAGCAGUAGCUUCAUCGAUACAGAAACUACGCUGCACCUGUAUAAUAAUUGAAUAACGUAAUCAUCUAUUUCCAACAUUCAAAACUUUGUUCUAGUGAAUUACAAUUCCAGCG